UCACGCAUGGCGUCCGGGGGGAACCGACGCCAUCUAACGACUGGCAUUCCUGCUCGCUCCCGCUGGUAAAGCCAGGGGCCAUCGUCGACGGAAAGCGCGGAAGCGGCGGAAGUUUCCUCGUCGCUCUCCUCGUCGGUGCUUGUUGUUCGGCGGAUCGUGCGUUUGUUUGACCGUGCUCUGCGUAGUGCCCCGCGCCCGUCCGUGGUACGGCUUACGUCGUCGCGUUUGUCCCGCUAUGGCGCGUGCACGCCGCGUGAAAUGAUAGGCGUGGGACGGGGCUCACUGCGUGCCGGCCAAGCGUUUGGGCGAACGAGCUAACCCGUGUGCGUGCGUCGGUGCGUGCGUGCGUGCGUGCGUGCGUGCGAGCGAGCGAGCGUUGGCAACGCAACGCGACGAGGCGGCGAGAGAGCGGUCGGAACCUCCCGGACAGCGGAGGACCCUCCACUGUGCUCUCUGGCGGAUUCCUGUUACACGGCCGCCCCCCACCCCGCUACCGCUCACAGGAGAGAUCGCAGGUGCAUUGCUGUAUAUUCUACCAGCCACCCGAUGCUCCCCAUAAAUGCCAUGGCACAGAAAGUGGUACCAGGAUCAGAGUCGGGAUCGAUGAAGCCCCUGACUGGCAGCGGGCUGAGCUACGUCACGCUACAGCCACCCAGUCAGCCACUCAGCCUCGUGCAGGAUCACAGACCCUCGGUGUACCAGACUCCGCCGUACAUAGGGAGUAACAUGGAGAAGGAGCCGGAGGCCGAGAAGUUGAUUCCGAACGGCGUGGAGAUCACGAAGACCGAAACCGAGCAAGACGUGCCUGCUGUUGUGAAGCAAAACGAAUCCAACAGGAACAACAACCUGAGUCCAGAAACUCCAGCUCAGGAGCAACCGUGUGAGAUGCCAUCGUCAGAACCGGUGCUACCAUCCUUAAUAGAGUUCCCAAUCAGUACUCCUGUAUGCACACCGGCACAAAAUAAAGUUGAGGAAAAGAAGGUUCCUGUAAAUAAUGGAUCAAAGGAAUCAGAGGGCAAGGCCGUUAAUACGACUGUACAUAUUAAACAAUCUCCACAUAAGCCAGAAGAGACACAAACCAAGAGCGAGGUUCCAAAGGUUCCAAAGCAGAGUCCCACAAAUCAGAGUUCGAAAGUACCGAGCGAUAAUGCCGCGGCGACGACAUUAACUAGUACAUUUAAACCUGACGCGAAAGUCACUACCUCUCCGAAGACAACCAAACGAAAAUCCAGAGAACUGAAGGAUUUGAAGGCGACGUCUGUAGUCACUGACGGAGCAAGUAAACCUAAGAGAAACCGGAUUCAAACACAGCCCUAUCAAAGCCCAUUGCCGGAAAUUGCUUUACUGGUCAAAAAUCUCAACAAGACAACUCCUGGUCCUUCUAAAGCUGCUGACGACAAGCUCAUCGUGUUCUAUAAAAAUGAAUUUUUGGCUGUGAGGAAUGCAGAAGGAAGCUUUUAUGUUUGUCAAGCGAUGCAAAACAUCUACAAAUCCAGCAGACGCAUCCGCAUACGUUGGCUGUCUCAAGAUAAAACCAAUGGCGAAAUCUAUUCACCUGACUUCUAUGAUACCAUAGAUUUUGACUGUAUAUUAACAAAUCUGAACCUAAGCAAGGUCGACAAGCAUAAAUUCUGGUUAACCAGAAUAGAAUUGCUGCGUACGGAAAAUAUUUUGAAACGGGCUAUCGAUGUUGAGGCUGGAGUGUCUGAGAAGCCACGAGUUACAGAAGAACAUCCCGACGGAUUGGACCUUUCACUUUAUAAAGAUGAGUCGCAGCUGAAGAGAAGAAAAGGCUUGCACAGCGAGAAGUCCAAUCGUCAAAAAAAGUCUAAGCGAGUCGCGAGCUCUACGGACGACGAGGCAGAUGAGGAAGAGUCCGAUCGAAAUCGGAAAGCGUCCAAGGCGAGUCGCGCGAAAAAGCGAUCGGUCAAGGCGCUGGCGAUCGCUAAAUCAGUCGCGAAGGGCAGCAGUAGGGCGGAGAGAGCACUAAACAGAAGCACGAAAUCCGGCAACAGUUUGGACAACGAUCUCGUUACUACCACUGUUACCGCUGCUGCUGCUACUGCAGCUGCCACUACGGUCGCGACUACGGUUACAGCUGGUACAGCAAUUGCCACUACCACCGCUGCUAGUGCUCCUGCAACUGCUGCCACUACUACGACUACCACAACUACUGUCAACCCCGCUACCAACGUUUCCGCCGUGACGGAUACCAAAAAUAAUGUAGAAAAGAAGUUGGAUUUAAAGAAGAACGGCAAGCAGCAAAGUAAUAACGGCACCAGAGGAGUCCCGAGAACAAAACCCGGAGGUUCUGCUCAAGCCACACAACAAUCGAGUAAAAUAGCAGGACGUCCGAAGCGUGUGGCCGCUACCACCGGCGUUGUUUCGUCCGAGGAAGCACCUUCUUCAAGGAAGAAACCACGCGGUCGGGCAUAAAAUUAACUUAACGUUGCUUUUUUUUUUACGCUACAGUUACAGCCGAGUCUGUAUCGUAGGCAAUAUGUACGUGUGGUACACCACUUGAAAUUGCAAUCAAUUUGUUAUGUAAUAUAUAACUUGUGUUUGGAUCUCAAGAUUCUUAAAUGUAUCAUGUGCGCUGCGAUAAUAUUAUAGUCCAAUGAUACGGGAUCAACGACUUGUAUCUCUUGAUUCGUCAAGUCGCAAUUGAAGAAAAAAAAAAGUAAAAAAUAAAGAUAAGAGAUAAAAAGAGUCUCAGAGAAUUUAUGCGAGCGAUAUUGUGAUAUCAUACAAAAUUUGUACAUAUCGUCUACGUCUCAGACUCCUUUCAGGGGGAAGAAAGUCACGGAAUGUGUGGGAACGGUACCUUGAGUUGAGUAAUAACUAAUCUACAGGGUGUCACAUACUAAUGCACUCUUGCAAUAGUCUAUUUUUGAUGUUGUGAGUGAACCGUACGUGAUUCAGUUAAUUUUAAUGUACACUUUCCAUUGGAUAUGAUAAUAUACUAUGUACAAAUAUACAUGUCUGGAAGGGGUAGGGAGUUAUGUGUAUUCUGUAAAACAGAGAGAGAUACAAAGAUACGAGUAAGAUACAAAGAAAUGAAAGAAAAAAAAAAAGAAUAGUAUCGACAAAGAAAACGAGAGGUAAUCCAGAGUAUUACCGAUCCUCCCCACUGAGCUAAUCCUCGGUCGAUCGAUCGGUAAAGGAUUUCGAAGUACAAUACAUUACUGUACAUUAUGCUGAAUCCUUGCUGUUAAAAAAAAAAGAUAGCACAUAAAAAAAACGGUCCAGCGCCUAUAUAAAGACAGGCAGAGUAAAAGAAGUGCCCUGAAUUGUCUCCUUGUCAAGCCAAGGAUUCGCGAGAAACUCGCGAGCGGAAAGUAGCACGUUGCUUUAUAGUUUGUUUUUUUUUUAAUUUGCACUUGCGACGACCCGUUGUAAAAUCGCAGGGUUCGUAAUUGAACGGAGAUUGAGAGAGAGAGAGAGCGCGAGAGCGAGAGAGUGGUGCCACAUUAUUAUUUUAGUUAAUAAAACGUAAUUUCUAGGACAAGAGAAAGAAACAAUACUUAUUUAGGGCGAUAAGUUUUGAAUUUUUAUUGUAUAAAUUUUGAUUUAUUUACGUGUUAAUUUUAAUAUCCCCUCUUUUUCUUUCAUCAAAGGUUAUAGAAUACGAUGAAGUGUACAUUUAAUAUCAUAUAUAAUUUAGACGUUAGUUAUGAUUUAUAUACAUAUAUAUUUCGCCAAAUUUAUAUAAAUUUACAUAUAUUUUACUAUAGCGCAUAUUUUAUAUUCUGUACGUUCGUUGCGGAGAGGAACGCAAGCAGCUUGUGUCAGUGUAAUUUCUUUUGUUUCCGUUUGGAGAAACCGUUUAAGAACCGUGUACCGUUUGAUUGUGUAAUGUGUAAUGAGACAUGUAUGCUUCUCUUUUUAUACACUAAUGACAGUAGAGAGUACGAGAAUCGUGCGAAGCAGAUAGAUUAUUUAUAGUGUUUCUAAGAGGUCGGCAGCUUUCAAAGCAUUUAAAAGGGAGGCUUGCCCCGUCUUAUAUGUCGUCGCGGCUACGCGACGAUGGAUUUUUCUUUGGAUUAGGAUUCCGUGUCGGGAUAUGUGUAAACGUAUUUUAUACAUCGACCGUUAAGAUAAUACUGUCGUUGCUCCUCGCUUGAUUUCGCCCGGACCCGUGUACAUAAAGCGAUUAGAUAAUCAAAA